GAUGCUCAUUGGGGAAAUACGUUCUAAACAACUUCUCAAUUCCUGCAGAAUCGCUGAUGCAACCACCGUCGGUGUCAACGGAAAGCACGCCCAUGUCAUCCCCCGAGCUGUCGCGUGCCAACACUCGAGAUGCGAAAUCGCGAAAAGGCUCGCCGUUGAAGUUUACAACCAACACUGAGGAACUCGGAGCAAACCCCGUAUUUGCGGAAGAAAGCCAUGGUACAAAUGGACCACUCGAGCCUGCCAUCAUCAACCGUCCGCAGGCUUUGACCGCCAUGACACUACCGUUGCUGAAGUCUCUGGUGGCCGCGUACGACGACUCCAACGACACCAAACCGCUGACUGACCGACUUCGCUCCCUCUAUUCCGACAGCGAUGCUCUCAAUCGCAGCUUUCUCGCUGCAGAUGAAGAGCGCACUCACCCGUCGGGCAUCGACAUGUCGGCACUCCGACAAGCGUCCUCGAUUAUUGCGGAGCUGCUCCCGCGAGAGGUUUUCUAUAUGGCCAUUGUGGAAGCGUUGGAGAUCACACUUGCACGACUGCAAAUGAACCUGAGGAAACUCAACUCCGCAUCUACGCACCAUUGCCGCCAGCUUCUGAUCAUUCUGGAAUGUCCGUUAUGGCACGACGGCGCGCAAUCACAAGAACCGCUGUUGCGCCGACUAUGUCUAGUCUUGGGCGGUUUGAAACAUAACAUGGAGCGAACCCUCUCCCGUUGGCUGUCGCGCUACGAGUCGGAUGGCCUGCGUCGGAUCGUCAAUCUGUUCCUGUCGUACCUCGACACGAAUUUUCAACCCAGCACCAAGAUCGAUGAUGGCCUGUUAUCCUGCAUCAACGUGCUGAAAAUGCUCUAUACAGCCAACGAGACCGCAAAACCAGAGCCUUUACUGCCUAUCGCGGCCUUCUACAGCGACGCUGCGACAAAGAAGCUCAAUUUCAAAGAGGAGUACCGGAUAUGGAAGCGCACAACUACUACCUCGAAGAAACAAGAGCCUUCCCGUCAGGGCCACGCCUCUCAGCCUCAACCGCCCUCCCCCCAAAACAUCCACUACACCACCCGCCUCCCGACCCCCAUCCCCGAAUUCAGCUACUUCCACCACCCCUUCCUCUUCGACCCCGUCUCCAAGAUGCGCAUCAUGCACAUCGACGCCAUGGCGCAGAUGUCGCUCGAGUUUGAGGAUGCGUUCGUGCAUCAGUCCCUUGUGCUGAAUGCGCAGAAGUUCUUGCAGGCGUCCCCCGGUUUGGCGAUGCUGGAGCAGUCGUUGAAGGAUCGGAGUAGCCCGUAUUUGUUGCUGGAUUUGAGGAGGGAGAGGUUGGUUGAGGAUGUUCUGGAACAGCUCGACAAACACAAAACCGAGCUCAAAAAACCGCUCAAAAUCCGCUUCAUCGGCGGCGGCGAAGAAGGCAUGGACCAAGGCGGCGUGCAAAAGGAGUUCUUCCAGAUCCUCAUUGACCAGCUCGUCGAUCCUUCCUACGGCAUGUUCACCUACGACGACGAGACGCGGCUGUGCUGGCUCAACGGCGCAUCGUUGGAGAGUGAGCGAGAGUUUGAGCUGGUGGGCACGGUGCUUGGGCUGGCGCUGUAUAAUGGGGUGAUGUUGGAUGUGAGGUUCCCGAGGGUUAUGUAUAAGAGGUUGCUGGAUGAGGGGCCGACUUUGGAGGAUUUGAAGGAGGGGUGGCCGUCCCUCGGUCGCGGCCUCGAGCAACUCCUCACUUGGACCGACGGCGACGUCGCAGACGUGUUCGUACGCACUUUUGAAAUCUCCUACGAAGUCUACGGGCAAGUCAAGACUUUCCCGCUCGUCCACGGCGGCGAGGACGUGCUCGUCACCAACGAGAAUAGGAAACAGUAUGUGGAUUUGUUUGUCCGCCAUUUUGUGGUCGAUUCGACGAGGAGGCAGUUUGCGGCGUUUAGGAAGGGAUUUUGGAGGGUUUGUGGGGGUGAGGCGUUAAAGAUGUGCCGCCCCAGCGAACUCGAACUCAUGAUCUGCGGCACCGCCUCCACAACCCUCGACUUCACUCAACUCCAAGCCGGGGCCGAAUACGACGACGGGUACCACCCCACCCACCCACUCAUCGUCGCCUUCUGGUCAGUCGUCCACACCGACCUAACCCUCCUCCAAAAAAAAGCCCUCCUGAAUUUCGUCACCGCAUCCGAUCGCGUCCCGCUGAACGGCCUGCGGAAUCUGACGUUCGUGAUACAGCGGAAUGGACCGGAUUCGGAUCGGUUGCCGACGGCUUUGACGUGCUUUGGGAGGUUGCUUUUGCCGGAGUAUGAGGGGAGGGAGAAGUUGAGGAGGAUGUUGGUUACGGCUGUGGAGAAUGCUAAGGGCUUUGGGUUGGUGUAAGGGCUAAUGAUAGAUGGUGGAGACACGAGAUCUCGCCUCGGCUCGAUGCACCUCCACCUCGGGGACAUGUAUAUCUUUACACCACGAUCCUCCGCCACCACCAUCCAAACUCGCGCCAGCAAACAGCUCUUAUCAACCCCCGACAAGUGCGCUCAUCUCUCGCG